UAUAUCAUAAAAUCGUCCAUUUCCAAUUUUCCAUACAUACACCCCCAAGAAAAAGGACGGUUUAGAUUCCUUGCAAGGUGUCACUUGUAACCACUUAGUUUGUCUUUGUCGGAGUGUAAUUUUAGAGCCCCAGCAACAGUACGUAAAUCUCUCCUUAAUUUUAAUGUUUGUUUCCAUGGAUGAUUAGGUGAGGUGAUGAUGCCGGACUUACUGGGUUACAUGUGGGCCUGUUUACGUAUUGGCAAGAUUGGUUUCUUGGCCAUUUUGGUUUCUGGAGGAAUUGUGUUGCAAAUCUUGGCAUGUGCCUUGUACAAUAACUGGUGGCCGAUGCUAACUGUAAUAAUGUACGUGCUUCUUCCAAUGCCUUUGCUGUUCUUUGUGGGUUCUAAUAGUUCCUCACUUCUCACAGAAUCUGAUAGUGGUUGGGUCAAUGCAACAAAGUUCCUGACCGGAGCUUCAGCAAUUGGAAGCAUUGCAAUACCAGUUAUUUUAAAGCAUGCCGGUAUUAUUGGAUGGGGAGCGCUAGCGAUGGAGCUGUCAUCAUUUUUUGUAUUUGUCAUUGCCAUAAUGUGUUACAUAGGCAUGAGCGAUGAUGAUGAUUACAGUAUGCUCUGAGAUGCAGCCACUUGAUUCAUAAGUGUAAAAAAAUGUUGAUUUUAGUGCUUUGCAGGACACUUUUCUUUCUUGUUACAGCGAGCCACACCUUCAUAUAUGUGUGCUUACUGUUCAGCAAACAUGGUGUUCUAAUUGAAUGAUAUAUAUUGUACA